UGCAGUUCAAGUCUUGCACAUGCUUGCACUCAGGGUAAUUUCCUCAGGCAAUGGACUAGAGCUACACUAGUAGAUCGGGGACCGCGGGGCUUGAUCUUUACUUUUGUUUGCUAUCAAUUUUCCCUUCUCUCCGGGGGUUUAUCAUACUUGCUGCUUUUCUUUUGGUAAAAACGCCAUGCCAUCGAAUAUAUGAGGUCGCUUUCGUCCCUCCUCGGAAACACUCAAUCCAUUCCUCAUUCCAACACCCAAGCCAAGAUUCCAACAUCAACAUCUCUUCUGAAACUCUGCUUCCUUGUCAAUCAUCCCACAUCAAACAUUCCCGUCUACCCCCAACGGUAAACAAGAUGGCCACCCAGGAGCAGCAGAUGUCCAUCCAGGACCAGAAGAACGCCUUGAAGGAGUCCAUGAAGAACCACAAGAACGCCUUGAAGGGCUCCUUGAAGGAGCAGCAGGCUGCAUUGGAGAAGUCCCUCAAGGAGUCCACUGAGUCCGCCAAGGAGCAGGCUUCGGGCUUCAUCGCUUUCUUGCAGCGUCAGCUUGACCGCGUCGUCAGCCCCGAGACUCGCGACCAGGCCUACGAGCGCAUGCAGGAGUUCGCCAAGGAGCGUCCUUUCCUCUUUACCUUCUUGGUUGCCCAGGCUCUGACCUCCGUUGUGCCUGUCGCUCUCUUUGCUGCUUUCACCUCUUCGGUUCUUGUCCUGUCGCUCGGAGCCGCUGUCCUGUUCUCGCUCUUCUGGCUUGGUGUGGCUGUCAUGGUUCUGGUCCCCACUCUGUUCGUCACCGUCACCAUCGGCGCCGUCCUGUUCUGCUGGGCUGUCGCCAUUCGUUUCGCCUACAACACCCUCCCCGCCAUCCUGAAGAACUUGUUCGCCGGCUCGCGUGAGGCGGCAGAGGACAAGUAUAACAACUACUCGGACGUCGUCAACAAGGCCAAGAAGGCCAUCAAGGACAGCGCCAACCGCAACGGCACCAACGGCACCUACACCAACGGUGCUACCAACGGUACCCACGAGGGUUAAAUCUGAUCUCGCCCUGUCUAUAUUGUGAGGCCUUCACGCGAACUUCAAGCAUAAGGAAGAAAGCCGCCUCACUUCACAGAAUACAACGGCUACUGGAUUCGGAGGAUACAUCUCGGCAGAUGCAAAGAUGCCAUUUCCUUGACAAUUGGUUGGUAUAAUUGGUGGGAUUGAUAGACGGUCAAUGCUUGGUUUGGGCUUUUCCCUUCCGAAUGCUGGUUCUCUCUGUUCACGCAAAGGGUAUCCCAUGCAGGAUGAGUUGGGGAACCUAGAAAAGAAAAUUUGGUGUGGUCAAGUAUUUUAUUUUUGGUCAGACAUGAUCCACUACGAUGGUCACCCCCACGGAUGACCUCGAUAGUUCAGCUCCAUGGUCAUUACGGUGUUGGUUUCAUGUACCAUGCCCUCAUUAAUAAAAUGAAAGCGAUGUUUAUUCAAUGACAAGAAAAACAAAUAUGUCGA